AAAAACAACACUUGUAGUUUAAAAACAAACAAAUUUAUCUUCUUUUCUGUUUUUUCUUAAAAAUCUAUCAAACUGGGGAACGAAAUGUCGUCGGCACAAAUGGAAAAACAUUUAUUCAAUUUAAAAUUUGCUGUCAAGGAGCUAGAACGCAAUAGCAAAAAAUGUGAAAAAGAGGAGAAAUUGGAAAAGGCCAAAGCCAAGAAGGCCAUACAGAAGGGUAAUAUGGAUGUGGCUCGAAUACAUGCCGAAAAUGCAAUACGACAGAAAAAUCAAGCUGUGAAUUAUUUGCGAAUGAGCGCCCGAGUAGAUGCUGUCGCCAGUCGUGUUCAAUCGGCAUUGACCACACGUAAGGUGACCGGUUCAAUGGCUGGAGUUGUUAAGGCUAUGGAUGCUGCCAUGAAGGGUAUGAAUUUGGAAAAGAUCUCCUCAUUGAUGGAGAAAUUCGAACAACAAUUCGAAGAUUUGGAUGUUCAAAGUUCUGUCAUGGAGAAUACAAUGUCCGAUACCACAACAACCUCAGUGCCACAAGGUGAUGUUGAUAAUCUGCUGCAACAAGUGGCCGAUGAGGCAGGUUUGGAGCUGAACAUGGAACUGCCCAGUGGUGUACAAUCAUCGACAAUUGGCGCCUCCACACAGGUAUCACAGGAACAAGACGAAUUGACUCAACGAUUGGCCCGUUUGAGACAAACUGAAUAA